CUCUCCGACAAAGUAUUGUCAUACUCCCUGAGGUCUAAGAAUUGCAGAGUAUGCAGUGUAGCUGAAUCAACCAACAAGAAUCCAGCAGCCCAUGAGUGCUCAAAGAAUUGGGAGGGUAGUUCAAAGGCCAUGGAGGCAGAUAUGGUUAUUGAGAUGGUCCAAGAUCUACAGAAAAGUAAAGGAAUAACCAUUGAUGGAAUCAUUGGAGAUGAGGACUCUACCACUAUUGCAAGACUGAAAGCUAAUGUCAAUGCUGAUAUUAAGAAGUUGUCUGAUAAAAAUCAUCUAAAGAAACUGUUUACAAACUCUUUGUUUACCUUGAAGAAAAAACAUUCAACUCUAACUUUGUCUGUGAUAAAGUACAUUCAGAAAUGCUUCAGUUACUCCAUAGCACAGGGAAAAGGAAAUGCUUCUCAAAUCAAAGAAGACCUUUCAUCAAUUCCAUUACACAUAUUUGGAGAUCACCAACACUGCUCCUCAAGGUGGUGCAACUUCAUUAACAACCCUAACCUGAAGUACAAGUCACUUCCACAUGGAAAACCCCUGAAAGAUAGGUUCCUUCAGGAUGAUCUGAAAGAAGUCUUCAGUUCAUAUGCAAGUCAUUCUGAUCGUCUUUCAUGCUUAGGAAGCACACAGUCGAAUGAGAGUUUUCACAGAAUGGUGUCUGCAAAAGCCCCAAAAACCCAUCAUUACAGCUCUUCUUCAAGCCUCAGAUAUAGAGUUGCUGCAUGUGUAGCCCAGAAAAAUGUUGGACACAAAUAUCUUGUAAAGGUUAACAAGAAAUUGGGCCUCUCUCCUGGCUACUAUACUCGACGACAGUGCAUUCUGAGGGAUUUACAAAGAAAGCGACAGAAGGCCAUUUCAGUGACACAAAAAUUUAAAAGGAGAAGGAGAGAAUUGAAAGCCAGGAAGUACGUACUAGUAUACUUUGAUUGUCAUUUGUCAGGUGUAAAAAACCUUUUGACAACCUCAAAAAUGAAAAUAAACCCAAGAACAAGUGAAUGA